UUAAUACAGCUAGAUUCGUCGAAUCGACGGAAUAUAUAAAUAGUCAGCGCUGACUUAGCAACGAUCGCUUUCAAAAACAAGUGAUUUGGGAGAUAAAUUGAAUAUAAACCCCGCCCUGGGAGAGUUCGGAAAACUUCUCUUAUUCCGUCCUGUUUUAUUGUUAGUGCCGCAAAGAUGACGGCUCUGAACUCUUUGUUAUCCCUCCUGCUUGCUUCGAAUGUCACUUUUCUGAGUCCUGCAAAUGAAAUUGAUGUUACGCAUGUGAGAACAAAUGCUGAUGUGUUUGAAUCAUCUCCAAAAAAUGAUCCUGAGCAACCUCUGUUUUUGACACCUUACAUUGAAAAUAGAGAUAUCGAGAGAGCCCGUUUUUUGAGUAAAGUUGGAAAACUGCCAAACUCUCCUGACGUCCCCAGUUACAGUGGCUUAUUGACAGUAAAUAAACAGCAUGACAGCAAUAUGUUCUUUUGGUUCUUCCCUGCAUUGAACAAUGAUACCAAAGCUCCUGUAAUCCUCUGGCUUCAAGGUGGGCCUGGGGCGUCUGAUCUCCUCGGUCUAUACGUGCUUCAUGGCCCAUACAUUAUUCGCAAAAAUCUAACUGUGGAAUUACGAUCGCAUACUUGGGCGAAGGAAUUCAAUGUAAUUUAUGUGGACAAUCCGGUUGGAACUGGUUUUAGUUUCACAAAUCACGAUGACGGAUAUUCCAAAGAUCAAGAUCACGUGGCCGACAAUCUGUAUGAAUUUCUACAGCAGUUUUUCAAAGUGUUUCACGAAUAUGCAUCGAAUGACUUGUAUGUAAUAGGAGAAUCAUACGGAGGAAAAUAUGCCCCUGCUAUUGCUUACAAGCUCCAUGUCGCAGGUCCUCCAGCUCAGAUCAAAUUUAAAGGAAUUGGUAUUGGGAACGGUCUAUCUGAUCCAGAAACUCAGAUGAAUUACAGCGAUUACUAUUACCAGUUAGGGCUCAUCGAUCGCAAACAAGCAGAAAUCAUUCGAAACUCAGCCGAAAAAGCUGUACAACAUAUUAGAUACGGCAGCUAUAUACAGGCUCGUGAGCAGUUUAAUAACAUUGUGCAAGAUGUUCCCCAAGAAGCUCAUCCAAACUAUCUUCUUCAAUUUGCUGGCUACAAUUAUGCUUACAAUUUUUUGCAAACCGAAGAACCAGAAGACCAUUCUUACUACAAAAAGUACGCGGAAUUACCUGAAUUUAGGAAUGCGAUCCACGUUGGGAAUUUGACUUUAAACCAGCCGGAUAAAGUGAGACAGUUUUUGAUCCCAGAUGUUAUGAAAUCCGUCAAGCAAAAGUUAGUUACCAUCAUGAACAAUUAUAAAGUACUUAUAUAUAAUGGACAGUUAGAUCUGACUUUGCCAUACGUUCUGAUGGUGGAUUUCCUUUCCAAAGUUGAAUGGAAAUUGAGUGAUGAAUAUAAAAACGCCGACAGGAAAAUUUGGAGACUCGAUGGAAAAGAUGAAGUUGCCGGAUAUGUGCAUAAUGUUGGCGAUUUUUACCAUGUAUUAGUAAGGUCAGCUGGUCAUAUGGUGCCAUAUGAACAACCUGAAUAUGGAUUAGAUAUGAUUAAUCGAUUCAUAAAGGGAAAGCCAUUUGCUUAAGUGUAUGCUUAUUAAUGAUAAAAAAAAUUUCCAUUCAUUGCUCUUGAACAUUUUUUAAGAUUAAUGAACUAAG